GCGCUCCAGCUAGCAUGAGGACGGGCUUCUCUUCCCCUGCUCAGUUAAUCUGGCUGUCAGUUGGUGUUAACGCUGCAGUUCAAGUGCUCGGAUUCCAAGGGAAACAGACAAACCUUACAGAAGGAAGGAAGCAAGCAAAAGAGGAAGGAACUGCAGGAAGAAAAGAACAGGCAGAACAGCGAGAGGAAUAAAGGGAAGGGGGGGAAACACCAAAUCUAUGAUUGGACCUGGGCUUCUUUUUCGCCAAUGCAAAAAGGAAUAUGCAGCACAUUUUUGCCUUCUUCUGCACCGGUUUCCUAGGCGCGGUAGUAGGUGCCAAUUUCCCCAACAAUAUCCAGAUCGGGGGAUUAUUUCCAAACCAGCAAUCACAAGAACAUGCCGCUUUUAGAUUUGCUUUGUCACAACUCACAGAGCCCCCAAAGCUGCUUCCCCAGAUUGAUAUUGUGAACAUCAGUGACAGCUUUGAGAUGACCUAUAGAUUCUGCUCCCAGUUCUCCAAAGGAGUCUAUGCCAUCUUUGGGUUUUAUGAACGGAGGACUGUCAACAUGCUGACCUCCUUCUGUGGGGCCCUCCACGUCUGCUUCAUUACACCUAGCUUUCCUGUUGACACAUCCAAUCAGUUUGUCCUUCAGCUGCGCCCUGAACUGCAGGAUGCCCUCAUCAGCAUCAUUGACCACUACAAAUGGCAGAAAUUUGUCUACAUUUAUGAUGCAGACCGGGGCUUGUCCGUUCUGCAGAAAGUCCUGGACACAGCUGCCGAGAAGAACUGGCAGGUGACAGCAGUCAACAUUUUGACAACCACGGAGGAGGGCUACCGAAUGCUCUUUCAAGACCUGGAGAAGAAAAAGGAACGGCUGGUGGUGGUGGACUGUGAAUCAGAGCGCCUCAAUGCUAUCUUGGGCCAGAUUAUAAAGCUGGAGAAGAAUGGCAUCGGCUACCAUUAUAUCCUUGCAAAUCUGGGCUUCAUGGACAUUGACUUAAACAAAUUCAAGGAGAGUGGAGCAAAUGUGACAGGCUUCCAGCUGGUGAAUUACACAGACACCAUUCCUGCCAAGAUCAUGCAGCAGUGGAAGAACAGCGACGCUCGUGACCACACCCGGGUGGACUGGAAGAGACCCAAGUACACCUCUGCGCUUACCUAUGAUGGGGUGAAGGUGAUGGCUGAGGCUUUCCAGAGCCUGCGGAGGCAGAGAAUUGACAUAUCCCGCCGGGGCAAUGCUGGGGACUGUUUGGCUAAUCCAGCUGUACCCUGGGGUCAGGGCAUUGACAUCCAGAGAGCUUUGCAACAGGUGCGGUUUGAAGGUUUGACUGGAAAUGUGCAGUUCAACGAAAAGGGUCGCCGGACCAACUACACCCUCCAUGUAAUUGAAAUGAAACAUGAUGGUAUCCGAAAGAUUGGUUACUGGAAUGAAGAUGAUAAAUUUGUACCUGCUGCCACAGAUGCUCAAGCUGGAGGUGAUAAUUCAAGUGUUCAGAAUAGAACAUACAUCGUUACUACAAUCCUAGAAGAUCCUUACGUGAUGCUCAAGAAAAAUGCCAACCAGUUUGAGGGCAAUGACCGCUACGAGGGCUACUGUGUAGAACUAGCAGCAGAGAUUGCCAAGCAUGUAGGUUAUUCCUAUCGUCUGGAGAUCGUAAGCGAUGGGAAAUAUGGAGCCCGAGAUCCUGAUACAAAAGCCUGGAAUGGCAUGGUGGGAGAGUUAGUCUAUGGGAGAGCAGAUGUGGCCGUGGCACCCUUAACCAUCACCCUGGUUCGGGAAGAGGUUAUAGACUUCUCCAAGCCAUUUAUGAGUUUGGGAAUCUCCAUCAUGAUCAAAAAACCACAGAAGUCCAAGCCAGGAGUCUUCUCCUUCCUUGAUCCUUUGGCUUACGAAAUUUGGAUGUGCAUUGUUUUUGCCUACAUUGGAGUGAGUGUUGUCCUCUUCCUGGUCAGCCGCUUCAGCCCCUAUGAAUGGCACAGUGAAGAGUUUGAGGAAGGGAGAGACCAGACGACCAGUGACCAGUCCAAUGAAUUUGGGAUAUUCAACAGCUUGUGGUUCUCCCUUGGAGCCUUCAUGCAGCAGGGCUGUGACAUCUCUCCCAGGUCUCUGUCUGGCCGCAUUGUUGGUGGCGUCUGGUGGUUCUUCACCUUGAUCAUCAUCUCCUCCUACACCGCCAACCUGGCUGCCUUCCUCACCGUGGAAAGAAUGGUGUCUCCCAUUGAGAGUGCAGAGGACCUGGCCAAGCAGACAGAAAUCGCUUAUGGGACAUUGGAAGCAGGAUCUACUAAGGAGUUCUUCAGGAGGUCUAAAAUUGCCGUGUUUGAGAAGAUGUGGACAUACAUGAAGUCAGCAGAGCCAUCUGUUUUUGUACGGACCACAGAGGAGGGGAUGAUCCGAGUAAGGAAAUCCAAAGGCAAAUACGCCUACCUCCUUGAGUCCACCAUGAACGAGUACAUUGAACAACGGAAACCCUGUGACACCAUGAAGGUGGGAGGUAACUUGGAUUCCAAAGGCUAUGGCAUUGCAACACCCAAGGGGUCCGCCCUGAGAGGUCCCGUAAACCUAGCGGUUUUGAAACUCAGUGAGCAAGGCGUCUUAGACAAGCUGAAAAGCAAAUGGUGGUACGAUAAAGGGGAAUGUGGAAGCAAGGACUCCGGAAGUAAGGACAAGACAAGUGCUCUGAGCCUCAGCAAUGUGGCAGGCGUGUUCUACAUCCUGAUUGGAGGACUUGGACUAGCCAUGCUGGUUGCCUUAAUCGAGUUCUGCUACAAAUCCCGUAGCGAGUCCAAGCGGAUGAAGGGUUUCUGUUUGAUCCCACAGCAAUCCAUCAACGAAGCCAUACGGACAUCCACUCUGCCACGGAACAGCGGAGCGGGAGCCAGCGGAAGCGGCAGUGGAGAGAACGGCCGGGUGGUCAGCCAUGACUUCCCUAAGUCCAUGCAAUCGAUUCCCUGCAUGAGCCACAGUUCAGGGAUGCCUUUAGGAGCUACAGGAUUGUAACUGGAGCAGAUGGAGACCCCAUGGGGAGCAGGCUCAGGCUCCCCUAGCCCCAUCCCAAACCCUUCAGUGCCAAAAACAACAAAAUGAAACAACCACCAACAACCACCGUGACCACAAGGAGGAUGAUUCAACCAGUUUUCUUGAGGAAAUGAAAAAUAAUCUUGUUGUCCCUUUUCCUUUGAUGUUCUUUCACCCUUUCGCAUUUGCUAGGUGAGAAUGUUACAUACACUGUACUGCAAUAAGGGGAGAAUAACCCUGUGUACUGAAGCAUGUGGCUCUGAAAAUGGAGUCACUGGCACAUUAAUGAGGAAACUGAACUGUUUUCUUUCAAUUCAGGUGUUAAUGUGUGUUGUUAGCGUAUGAAGUUUUUUUUCUUACUAAUAUCCAUGGGUUGCAGUUCUGUUAUCCCUUCUUCCUUCCUUCUAAUUCCCAGUUCCCUACGUAUCCCUCUUCAGUUUUCAGAUUGGAAAUUCAAGAUUCCUUCCACCUUAUAAGCAAGCAAAAAGGAAAAAAAUUAACCUUCAAACUAAGUUGCCAUGGGAGCUCUCCAUGUUCACCUCUACUCUCUGGCCCCAAAACCUUGGAUGGAGAUUGUUGGUGCCUCCCACUGAUGAGGCAUUGCCUAAAACACUGAUUUAGCCAACAACACAUUAGCAGCAAUUCAGACUGAGUGUGGUGGAGAGGGAAAUGGCAGGUGAGCAAAGGAGGACUGAUGAAGUUACGGCUGCUCAGAAAAUAUUAAUGCGUUAGUGUCAUUUCAUAGGCCACAGGUGGUAUGAUGUAUUUCUUCGCAAGUUCAACUUUACCCCUGAAAAGUAUGUCCUGUUAUUCUCAGUAUCAAAGACACUCUGAUGACUAAAUGGCAACUGACCUACUGACCUAAGAAGAACCUUGGGAAAAAAGCACAGCCAGGGAGAAAGACCCCAUGACUCUUAAUUUUUUCCUUUUUCUUGACAUCUGAGCAAGAACCCCCAUGUGGAGUAGACUCUCUUUGUGGCACCUCUGACAUGGGGGUAAAUGCUAUGCAAGCUCAGUGCAACAAACAAAAGUGAUGGAAGAAAUUUUGGAAGAGGAAGCCUUAUCAAAGCCCACAUGCAAUAGAGUUUUUCCUGGUGCCCUGCCCUAGAUUUGAGACACUAACUAUGAAGUUUAGUGUAUUCUGAGGAUCUGGGUUUUUAUGUUAUUAUUGAAUGUUAUUUCAGCAUGUGCCAGGCAACAUUCUAUCAUCUUCAGAAAAAAAUACAAGCAAAGCUGAAAUAUUUGACAAAGGCUAGGGAGACAAAAUGUGGUGAUAAAGACAUUGGAGGACCUUAAUAUCCCUGUACUUCCGUACCUAGGAAGCUAACCUUCCCCCUGGCUAAGGUAGAAGACACUGUUUUUGAAUCACCAGAAACAGUAAGCCCAUACUUGUGACUGCAAAAUUGAACUUAAGCAAGAUGGAAGAAGCAAAGGAUUCAUGAAAGAAGCUCAGGCUGACUUAGUUGGAAUUGGAAGUUCUUGGCACAUAGCUUUUUAUGGAGAUCCCAACUCUCAUUCUUGGUGCAAUUGGCUUACAGCUCUCCAGCAGCCAUUCUCUUAAGUGCAUGAUUCAGUGCGUGCCAUGUGUCAAAAGCUCUUAUUGAUAACCAUCUUCUGGCUUGUCCUUUCCCUACUCCCACUUCUAUUCAGUCUUCUCUGCUAGUGGUUAUCAUUAGCAAUUGGCAAGAUAAAGGUUGUGGAGCCUACCUUGGGGUAGAUGCAGCAUGACUGGCUUCAUUUGUGAAUUCUCAAUGGACACCCACAUUGUCUCUGUUUCUCCCAUUCUCUUUCCAUCACCAUAACAAAGAACGUUUCCAAACACCAACUCUUUACCCUUCCAACUCAAGUAUUGUUCAGUUUCUCAAGUGUCAACAUGGGCAUGGUAUGUGAAGCAGGACCCUCAAGGUGGAUCAUUACUUUUUACUACUGCCAACUGAUGCCGCACUCCAUCCCUUGCCCUCAUCCUAGAUUUUUCUCAGCUCUUAGCCUACCACCAUAGAAUCUGAUAUGACUCUCCGUUAAGGAAUCUGCACUUCAGAAGAGUUGGAAAUAACCCUCUACCAUCAACAUGCUUCAAAAACCUUUUGCCUUUGGCCUGGUAAGAUGCCUCUCGAAUUGCUGAGCCCACCAAUAAAAUAAUCAGAUAGGGAGAGACUGCACUUGAAAUGAGGGUCUACGCCAUGCAGGGGGGGUCCAAGACUCCGGCAGAAGAUAUUUUUCAUCAACAGAGGGGUGAAGGGAAAAACAAAAGCAAGAAAAGAAUUAACUUGUAUUAUGUAUUUUUACUACACUUUUCUUAAAAAAGGAGCAUUGGGAAAGCUCUGAAAGAAAUUGACAUUUUUCUCAACAGGAAUCCAUACUUAACAGUUCUGGCUUUCAUUAAAUUUUGCUCUUUGGUACCUGGGCCUUUUAUUUAACAUCUAUAUUUGUUUUAACUCUCUUGGCAGAUGUGUGAAAGGAUUCUUGCUUAAUCAAACACUAAAUAUUUUUGAUUCCUGUUUUUCGUUCAGAUAGCCAGGAUUUUUUUUUUCUUUUGGUAUUUGCAUACAAUGAAAAUAUCACCGAGAAUUAAAUCACUGUGGAUCCAUUAUCUACUUUUCAUAUUUGUCCAUUCCAUUCUUGUGUUACUUCCAAAGCUGAGACUCUAGAUCUGUUAUUUCCUUAUGCUGAUCCUGAGACAAGUAGGUUUUUAAUGG